AUGUCAACACCCAGGACCAAUUUGAACGAUGUAUUGGCCAGGAAGCAGCGACAAAUGGACAAUAACGCGAUCACUAAUAACGGGACAGGUGACGGUGUACGAACUCCAGGGCUAUUCAAGCUUGCCAGACCACUUACCGAGUCAUCUACUACUUCGAGGCAUCAUCAGUCGUUGAAUAUGCCAGGAGUAAAACAAAGUCAAACCAACAAUCUCCCUUCUCAUGCAGGAAACGCCUCUCCCUCUUCAUCAUCAUCAUACUUUGAUUCCAAUGUCCGUCAAGUGGGAUCGAGGUUACAGCCUAAUCAUCUCAUGACACCUAAUUCUGCAGUCGGAUCACCUUUGUUUAUGGAUGGUAAGGGCAAGGGAAAGGAGAAUACACCUGUAGGAUCAGUCAGUACUAUGGGUAAACCGUCCAAGUUCGCUUCAUGGUCAAAUGAGAGAUUAGCGGAAGAAAUAGUGAAAAUAAUGGAAGAGAAAGAUGCAUUGAAAGAUAGAAAAAUGGGGAUACUUAUGGGCCGAUAUCAGGCUGAAGAAGAGGAUGACGAUUUUAUCGAUGAGAACAUCGAAUUCAAAACUAAGAAAAUCAAUGUUCUCAAAGCCGAGAUGACGGCUCGAAGACAAUCUCCCGCUGUCAAUCUUCCUGCUGCCCGACUGCAAGCACCUCAAUCCUCGGGCUCCACAUCGUAUUCUAUUGCUCAACACGACUAUCCUACUCCCGAUACAAUAGGAUCUGGUAGACCUAGAACAAUCCUAGGAGAAUGGACCGAAAGACGUCCAAAAGGAUUAUCGAGCGAUGAUUCUGAGCCUCUUCCGAUACCACAAAGUAGAUCGCACGGGUUCUUGCAGCUUUCUGAGGCACCUCAAGCUGGACCUUCCAGACCUCGCAGAGCACCUUCUCCACCUCCAGAAUAUGAUGAUUACGAUAUCGCAAUGGCAGAAGAAGGGUUUCCUGAAGAAGCUGAUAUAAAUGAAAUGCUGAUACCACCUUCUUCACCACCGCCAAGAGCCAUCACACCUCCUCCCAGAUCGAGCCGUAAUAAACAUUUACAACCUCAACCUCCAUCCAAAUCAGCUGCAAUAGCAGAAAUACAAGAUCUUGCUGCCGAAGAAAUAUUCUCAUCUCCCAUACAUUCAACGUCAAACCUCCCACCUCGUGUCGAAGCGUCACAAGCCAGAUCAGCAAUAGGUGGGCCAGGUCCAUCAUCAUCUGCGCGCAAGCCACUACCUGUGCAAGUGGCUCAGCAGAGAACGAUAGUGGUAGAGAAGACAUAUCCCUGGACGAAAGAAGUCGAAACCAAACUAAGACAAAUGUUCAAACUACCCAAUUUCCGGAAACAUCAGAAAGAGGCGAUUAACGAGACUAUGGCCGGGAAAGAUGUUUUCGUUCUUAUGCCUACCGGAGGAGGCAAAAGUUUGACAUAUCAACUUCCUGCAGUCUGUCAAAUGGGUAGAACCCGUGGAGUGACAUUCGUAGUAUCGCCUCUGAUCUCCUUGAUAAACGAUCAAAGUCGACAUCUAUGUAGACUCAAUAUACCAGCAAUAGCUUAUACUGGAGAUAUGACCCAAAAGGAUAAGAACGACGCUCAUGAAGAACUCAAUCGACCUGAGCCAUACACCAGAGUGGUGUAUGUCACACCGGAAAUGCUGACUAUGGGAGGACAUAUCAAGUCGAUUCUAAGGAAUUUGUUGCGGAGAAAUAGGUUGGCUAGAUUUGUGAUCGACGAAGCACAUUGCGUCAGUCAAUGGGGUCAUGACUUCCGAGCAGACUAUCUACGCCUAGGUGAUUUGCGAAAAGACUAUCCUGGAGUACCAAUUAUGGCUCUGACCGCUACAGCACAAAACAAGGUGGAAGAAGAUAUCAUUCGGUCUUUAGGCAUAAAAGGUUGUUCAGUGUUGCGACAAUCGUUCAAUCGCCCCAACCUGCAUUAUGAGGUCCGACCAAAAACGAAGAAAGUGAUCGAUGAGAUCGUAGCCUUCGUCAGGACCCAAGGUGAACAAGCUUCGGGCAUCAUUUAUUGUAAUUCCCGAGAUGGUUGUGAAAAUCUAGCAAAGGAUUUAAGGGAUCAUCAUGAAUUAGAAGCACAUCAUUACCACGCUGGAAUGAGUAAAGGUGAUAGAAGGAAAAUUCAAGAAGGAUGGCAAGAACAUCAUUUCGAAAUCAUAGUGGCUACGAUAGCAUUCGGUAUGGGUAUCGAUAAACCAGACGUACGAUUCGUCAUACAUCAUUCGCUUCCUAGAUCACUAGAAGGUUAUUACCAAGAAACAGGUAGAGCUGGAAGAGACGGAAAACCAUCUACUUGUAUCUUGUACUAUACUUUUGGAGACGGGAAAAGGGUUCUCAACCAGAUUGAUCAAGAUCAAAACCUUUCACGAGAUCAGAAGGAACGACAGAAAGCUUCUAUGAACGAAGUCUUACGAUACUGUAGCAAUAAAGCGGAUUGCCGACGUUCUCAAGUGCUAUCCUUCUUCAACGAGACUUUCGCUCCUAUUGACUGUAAUCAAGGAUGCGAUGUCUGCUUGGGCAGAGAUGGUAACGUAUUUACAACCGAAGACGUCACAGCGGAUGCAGUCAACGUGAUCAAGCUGGUACAAGCCUUCGGAAGGGAUGACAAGAUUACCAUAAUCAAUGCUGCUGAAUGUUUCAAGGGUGUGAGAGGAAGUUCUGGAAAAGGACUAGAUAACAAUCCACACUUUGGAGUUGGAAAGGAAUGGAGUAGACAGGAAGGCGAGAGGUUGAUCCAAACUUUGGUUAUCGAAGGUGCACUUGAGGAAUUUUGCGUGGCGAGCGCUGCUGGAUGGACAAAUGCUUAUCUUCAACUGGGCAAACAAGCUCGUAGUUAUUUGAAUGGUUCAAAACGCCUCAAUAUGGAUUUCCGACAGGCAUCACCGCGUAAGAAGACAACUGCGAAAAACAGUGCGCCGAAAAGACAAGGAUCAAAGACUCAGGUUCAAAUCGAUUCAUUCGCUCAAAAAGUUUCCAAUCCAAUAGCUAGAAAAAGAUCACAUCAACAAAUUCUGGCUGAAGUAGCUGAAUUUGACGAUUCACCUUGGGGGGAUACCGACGAAGAAUACCGACCGGAAGAUGAAGGUGAUCCUAUCCAAAUUGAUGAUAGCGCUACUGAAAAAGAAGAUGGAGACGAUGGUUUGCCUUUAAUGAUUAAGAAACGGAAAACUGCAAGAAAGGAAAUCGGGACCGCGAUUAUACCUAAACCCGGUCACGCACAGAUCAAAGGUGUAAAUAGAACAAAACAGAGGCCUAUCGAGGUGGAUAGAGAUGACACUGCCUCUCCAGUAGAAGCUUGCCUAAAAGCUUUAGAGAAGAUGAGAGACUCUGUCAUAGCGAAAAACAAGAAUGCCCCUCGAAUCGAUGAUGGUACUUUGCAGUAUAUCGCUGCUACCAUGCCUACUAAUGAGAAGGAUCUCAAGAGUGUGGAGGGCCUAACAUCGGCACAUAUCAGGACGUACGCUACUCGUAUAAUGGGGAUAUGUGUCAAGCUUCGACCUGCAUUUCAUAUACAAAAUCCCCAGGUUGCUCCACUGGCUACUGUUUCCGCUCGAUCAGCAUCGAACAGCAGUAACAGUGGCGCAGUGAUGUCACGUAUCCAACGAUACGCUUUCGACCCCAAAUCCAAAUCGGCUGCUACUUGUUCGGCUAAGGCAUCGUCGUCAACAUCUACGACUCCAUUGAGACAAGCAACGACGUUGGCUUCUUCGCUCUCUGGCACAAAGACUCUUAAUGGACAACUGACGUUGACGAGCAGACUUGGUGGGUUAAGACCAGUACUGAUACCCCAAAAUCCUGCGCAUGGUAACACGAGGAAAGAUAAGUUUUAG